AUGGCGUCCGUGGAAGCGUUCGAAUGUGAUCCUGAUUUCUGUCCUCGCUGCGGCUCUAUCCUCCCUCUCCCCGGCUUACUGGAAGUGGUUUCCUGUACCCUUUGCAACUUUCAGAAAGAUACAUCCGGUAAGAGUAUAAAAAAAUUUCGUGAUUCAAAUUAAAGCGAUGAGUUGAAUCAGUCUUUCCAACAUGCAUGUGCAGCGAGUUGAGUCAGUCGACAGAGUUCAAAACACCCGGAAAACUAGGCUGGUUCCCACUAAACCAAUGAGUUGCUAAUGUCAGGUUACUCUCAUCAACAGGUUUUCAAAUGAAGGUUUUCUUUUAAAAAAUGACACCUUACUUAUCUUUUUUAUGCAUCCGCAGCUAUCAAUGUUAUGUGGUAAUGUCUGAUAAUAAGUUGAAAACAAAGGGAAAUAAAAUUUGACCAAGUAUAAAACUGAACUACAACACGAACAUAGCAUAUUUAAACGAAAAGGUUACAUGUGUGAUAAUUAUUAGAAUGAUUAUUAAAGGGAGAAUACUUUGAUCUUAUAUCAAAUUGCCCCAACUAAUUCGUUAAGGAUAUGUAUCAAAACAAGUCUGGUGAAUUUGUGGUUGGAUAUUGUGUCAUGAAGGCCGAUGUUCAUCCUUGGUGCUUUGCAGUUGUUGUCAUUGUUUUGAGACUUCCCUAUUGUCCUUUCCAACAAUCUCACUGGCUAACAGUUGUAAUCUCGAAGGGAUGUAAAUCCUACAUACAAGCUGACUGAAAGCCUGAAUAUUUCAUUUUGUUUAUCUUAUGACCCUUUGAGGUUUCCUAGAGAUGUUCAAGUUUUGACUGUAGAAGUGUUCUUGUCUAAGGAAGCAAAUUAAUGAAGUCAAUCUUUCUAAGUAAUUUCUUCCUGCCGAAUGAGGUGAUCAACACGGCAAAGAAUUGUUUACAAUUAUUGACCACGUUGUAUCCGGAAAAUUGGCAAAUGAAUGACCUUUGAGAUUUCUUGCUGUUAUUAUACAACUCAGCUCUGCAGUGAGACAAGCAGCUUCAAGUUUAAUUACAUAUAUUCCAGAAGCCUCAUUUCAGAGUUGCUCAUAAAACCUUGGAAAUCUAUUUGACCACAAAUACAGCUUUUGUUUGAACAUGGAUGUCCUCAUGAAGGGUUUUACAAGUAAAGCAUUAAUAUGAACUCAGCUCUGAUUCAGAUGCUGAGCUUUUCAUGUGCCGAACCCAAUGCAUAAAUUGUUAUGAUGUAUUUUACAUGAAAUGAGGCUGGAAUUUAACAUUAGCAUCUGAAUAAAUAACUGCUCUAAAUAACUUGUAAAAAGUUUUGCCUCUGAACUGGGCCUGAACUGAUUGUUAAACUUUUAUAAACUUUAUCUUUAACUGGUACUUACAUGUAGCUUAUGUUGUCAAUUACACAUGUAUAUACAUGUAUUUUUUUCUUAUGAAUGCAGACUUUGAGGGUAUAGAGGUUCACUCACGAAAGGUUUUUAAUACUGUCAAAGAAAAGACGACAACAACAAAACAAGCAGAUGAGUCAGUAGGACCAAUGGUAAAUAGUAAAAUUGCAGAAUUCUUCUCUGUGCACAGGCAAAGAUCACUAAAACCAAAACACAGAACCAAGGCUCACCUGGACUUUUCUGUUUUGUUCUGUUUUGUCUUUUGUUAUCUGUUCAUUUGCUGUUUGUUUGGCAUGUUUAUGAAUACCAUUUUAGGAAUGUUUUCUCAUAAGAUGUCACACAUUAUGAAACGAUUGUAACUCAAGAUUUAGAUUCAUCAUUUACUUUUAAAAUCUUCUAAAAUGAUUGUAUGCUAUUCGUUUAGGUUGACAGGAAGUGUCCAAACUGUGGUCAUGAAGGUAUGACAUACACCACAAGACAAACCAGAUCAGCUGAUGAGGGACAGACAGUUUUCUAUGGCUGUCCACAAUGCAAGUAAGAAAACCAGUAAUCAAUCUAAAAGGCCUCUAUAAUAUUGUCUAUCUGCAAGUCAAAAUAAAUGAACAAGAGAAACAAAUGAUUUUAAUACAAAAUCUAUGAUUACCAAGUGUAGUUUUCUGAGGGUUCCAAUACGUUUUUUCACGGAACCUGGAAUUUGCCCUAUUUAAGGGCCAGGAGUCAAGAUUUUUGUUAUUAUUACUAUUAUUAUAUAAGAUUUACUAGUGUAAUUGCACAUGAUUUUCUCUCUCAACAUCCGAGUCCAAACCAUGGACUUUAGGACGCAAAGAGGGUUUCUACUUGACAGAGAGAAGGUGGGCUGUAGAAAGGAGAGUUAUUUUCUGGAGUUCAUGAAUGUUGAUGUUGCCAGGGAAUUUGUUGGUGUAUUUUCAUCAUUAUUAUCAUCGCAUCAUCAUCAUCAUCAUCAUCAUCAUCAUCAUCAUUAUAAUUAUUAUUAGUUCAGUUACUGUAUGACUGAGUUACAAAGGAUUAAAACUUACACAACAUGACCUUGCAUUUUUUUUUUUCCAUACUAUGCUUAAGGCAUUAAAAUCCAUCAACUAUUGAAAUUGAUGCAUAAUUAAUCUACAGUAGUGGACAGAACUACUACAGGUUGAAUUUAUCUUACUGCCACAGUAGGGCUCUAAUAUUUGUAUGUUUUUUUCCUUUUCUGACAGGUUCCAAGAAACAGAAUAUUCGUAGAAAUAGUAAUUAUUUUUGUAUAGUGUACCUUGUAUUUAUUUUUCUUUUUGGCAGCAAAAUAAAAACAAUUUUAAAGACACUGUUAAUUGAUAAAUGAAGAUUUUAAAAACAUCAGAUUUAAAAAUAAGUGUCACCAUUGCGCCAUAGUCAAAGCUUGAUUCUCCAGUUUUUCUCUUUUGAGAGAAACUCCAAAGGGCAAGGAAUCGGCUCCUCCUUCUUCUUUUUCGGGUGUUGUUUCUGACUUUGUUCCCUUGAGGAAAUAAAUUAUUUCAAAAUGGUGGUCAUUUACAAGUGAAACGUGGAGAGAGAGGCGUGCAAGCCCCCUACUCUCGCGUCCGCUUUCGCGUGCCUCUCGCGCGUGACUUCUCACGAUAUCUCCCAGUUGGAGAGCUUGCUCGCAAUGUAAUCUUUCUGCUUUCCCACAGUCGGUUUUACAGUUGGUGUUAGUAAGAUUAAAGCGCUUACCAUUUGUAUGGAAAACCUGGUAAUUCAGGAGAGAAUCCAAAUGGAACGUUUCAUCCCUUUGAAAUGUUUUCGGAAAUAAGGGACUGAAUUACCUUUUUCUCGCUUUUACCGGAACGACCGACAUUUUCUGUACGCCUUAUUUGGAUUAACACUGGCACUAGCCCUCUGCUAUCGAGGGUCACCUCACUACCGCUCAGAUUCCUUUGUCAAAUUUUGAGCAUGGCGAAGGAUGAACCAGGGAACAUCUCAGUACGUGCUGAAUGAGCCCCCUACAAAAGAAGACCCCCGGGAGAGCGUGACUAGUCCCGAUUGUGCUCGGCAACGUUUGAGCAACUUUUGGCGUUUGGAGCAACUUUUUGUAGUUUUAGCAACCUCGAGUAAGUUUUUCCUUUCCAAGCAAUUUCCCCUUUAGCAAAAUAUAGGUUUAGAGCACAUAUCAAACACGAAAAAGAAAACGAAUUCUUAGAAAAUUCAAUUUAAGCGAGUUUCUUGAAUGCUUUAUGAACCUUUUGAACACAUAACCUUUCACUGACAGCGUUUUGCAGGUCUUAAAAGGCAUUUUAUAUGUGCCUAGAAGGCCUGAUAAGCAGUCAGCACAUAAAUAGUAAAGGUAAGCUCGAUGCGCAUUUUGCUAAUUUACAGAGUAAAAAUGAUAUAUUCCCAUUUUACGUCUUAUAAAUUUGUUUGCCGAUACAUACACGUGUACUUGAAAGUUGCUCGCUCCGGGUUAAGCUUAAUCCCCCAUUCCUGCUUUCGGUGCGAAAAAAAUACCAGUACCACUGGUCGAAAAAUUUUCACCGAAAUUUUCUUAGAAAUGACAUCAUCUUAACCGCCCGAAUCCUCCCUCCUCCGAAGAGGCUCCCGCUGGGUACCCCAGUGCCAAAAAUAGCAAAACUCGAAAAAUAGCAAUCGUACGGGGGACGAUCAUAAAAAAGACGGAAAAUGCGUGAACCUCGAGGCCUCGGUUCCUCUCUUUUCCCUUCCCAUCGUCCCACUCGCGCUUUCUUUUUCCCUCCUUCCAGCCUCCCUACGAUACAAAGGAGAGAGGCCUGAAUCGUCGUAAAAUGUUUUGAGACCGGCCAGCCGAGGCAGGAGAUCCCGAGUUCGAUGGCCAUAUCCCGCGGUCUUUAAUACGACAGCACGUACUGAAUCCUACUUGGCCACUCCUUUGUUGUCAUUAAUAUAGAUAAAACAAUAGCCCAUAACCCUUACUGGGCUCUUAGGUAAAAUAUUAUUUUUACAUUACGCUGGGCCAGUCCCAGAGAGUAAAGACUUUUUAAAAUCCAGGUUAAAUAUAGCCUUCGUAGCAUGCAUGCGCGUGGUGGUAAUAAGCAUAAUAUAUAGAUUUAGCCACAGCUAAAAGCGAAGCUCCCAUUAAUAAAUUUAUAACUUAAAUCAAACAAUAAUUUUGUAUUCCUCAAAUCAGUUAACUUAAAGGGACAGUGUCCCGAUUAUGCGCACGCGCGAGCGUCAUCUGUUUUUUCUUCAAAGUACAAUAGAACUGUCAAAUUGACUCGACAAGAUUUCCUACCGGACCGCACCGCCGACAGAGAUUUGUUGUUUAUAUUCUCAAGUAAUAUUUUACACUUUCGAAGAAGUCUUUCGUCUUAUAUAAAAAUUUGGCUCGCGGUUCGAAGACUUAUCGCGAUUUUAUCGCUAGCUGGGCCGCCUCGCGACCCGAAAAUCUCGUUCCGCUCGCUUUAAAAACAUAUUUUCUAAUUUGAAACUCGUGUCAGAGGUCAAUCGCUCCAAGUCCAGUAAUAUCUGCCUGAUUUGCUCGCGUUCUAGCCUCAAACGUUUGAAAGACAUACAUGUGACCUUUGAGGGAAAAGCCAAGUUAUUUUGGAGUGAAAAAAAUCUUGUAUCGAGUUAAUAUAGCCUUAUUUGUACACCAAAAAAAUAGUCUUCGGUCACAUUUAAGAGCAAUAAUGGCUCUUGAUCACAGUAGAUAAGGCGUGGAAAACAAAUUCUUGGAAAACAAAUCAGGCCGAAUUGUUUGCGUUCGACAAGCGUACAAAUUCUUGCCAAUAAAUCUGGGUGCGUGCAAACCAUUCUUUUAUUUUUUUUUAAACACCACAUCUGAGGAGAAAGAGUACUAUGAGGCGCUGUUUUUAUCAUGCAGACCUCGUACAAAAUGCAGUAUUUCACAAUUUUUCAAGAAAAAUUGCAUUCAUUCAAUGCUCAGGACCAUCGAAGCACGCGUGGACUUUUAAUUAGCGAAAACGUUCAAAAAAUGUCCAAAAUCACCUAUACGGCCAGCCGGUUCUAACUUUUGACAAGCGCCAAAUUUGCCAAGAAAUUUUAAAAGAGUCACGCUUCAACGUGAUAAAGAAUUUAUUGAGUCUAUUUUUUAUUAACGGUUUUAUAACCAUGUGUAAUCUUAAAAAGCGUUUGAUACGCUUGGCAUUUUGAGUAAUCCUACAAGCGAUGUUUAUGAACACCUGAAAACAAACGGCAAAGCGAUGAAAAUUACACUUUUGAGACUACCGACAAUCAAUAAAGAAAUAUAAUUCGGUAGAACAUUUACAGAGACAACAAUUUUCAUUCACGAAAACAAAUGAGUAUUUAGGUGUCUCUAAGAAUCCUCAAGUCUUCACUAGUAAGCUUAAAGAUUAAGGUUAUGUUUUAAGCCGCCGGUUUCCCGGUGUUUCCUUUUUUCAAAGAUGAACUCACGACAAGAAAAUCGCUCAAAGCUUUCUUUCUACAGCCAAGUACAGCCAAAAUUAUAACUAAAUAUUCUUCGGAAAUUUUUUCGUUCUAUUUACGGUGAAUUAAUAUCGACUAAAGGCUUUUUAAAGUUCUGUAAGCUUAAGCUUAUAUCAAACCUCAUACUAGGUCAGAUCAGUGUCUCAGUCAAAUCUUAAUACAAACGUGCAUAAACUAGCUUCAUAAACUGUGCCACUGGACUUCAUGAAAUUAGAUAUAAAUACAAUAAUUACUCAGGCUUACCAUAUUUUGAGAUGCAGCUCCUGAAAGCUAGCAAGAAAGGCAAGGAUCGCUUGAGCCUUUAUAAUUCUCGUACGCAUCCAGCAAGGUGAAAAACAAAAACGAUGCCAACCGAAAUCGGAUUAUCGGCUUUGACAAGCGACGCAUUCUCAACCAAAAACCCAAUAAGCAAACCAGCCAUGAAUAAGAGAACACUCUUGAUAGCAGCUGUAUUUCAUUUUUUACAUCCAGUGGAAAAAGACAGUUAAAAACAUCACAAGUUGACUCAAAACUCUGUCAGCUUCAGCUGUCAAAGUAAACAACUUUCAAGAUGCUGCAUAAAUUUUACGCAUGAACUCACCUGUCAAAUUUUAACCAAUCAGAGCAUAAAAAUUGGACGUGGAGCGUGACCAACACAUGACCAUGGUUAGAAAAGGUCUUCCCCGCCUGUAUUUUAAAAAAACUGGCUGAAUUUUUGCGUCUGCGGUCAGUUUGAAAUCAAAAUCGUUAUAGUGCUGGGCGAUACUGACAUAAACACAACAUAUUUGAUGUGAAUUAAAAAUUAAAAAAAGUAAGCGUGAGCCUGCGAUCAUUUCAAAACGAGUAAAUUUUCAGCGGAUAACUUCAAAAAAAUACUCGACCUUGAUGGGUCGACACCUGAGCCCGCGAUACGGUCAGGUGAUACUGGUCAGCGGAUACCCUGUUUUGACAGCUGUCAAUUGAUGACGACGUUGAUGCCCAUUGAUGUGCAAUCAGCUUUCUCCUGGGCUCCCAAAGUAGCUAGAAAGUGUGAGAGUAAACAUUGGUAUGCCUGUGGUGCGGACGGACGGUCGGGCGGGCGGUCGGUGUACGGUCACGUGAUUACCAAAUUUUCUCGGAUGGGUAGUUUACCACAUUUUGUUACCCAUGGUGCUCCGCUGCGCGCUUCGCGCGCGAGAGCUCCGCUAUAAGAAAAAAAAACAGGGCGCGUGUCUCCACCGCGCGCCUCGUUUUUUUUUUUUUUUUUUGCGCCCGUACAACGCCUGCAACUCAGGAUAGUUUGACCUCACCUCUGUCUCUGCCACGCCCACCCCACCCCUACUCCCCUCCCACCCCUCCUCUGUUUGCAUUUAUCUGACGCAAGGCGCGGCUCCCCAGUCUGUUUUUGCAGCUUCUAUGUUGCACGAGGUGUGAAGUGUUUGCACCGGUCAAAAGGUAAGUUUCUUUCUACACACUUUUAUUAUUUCACCAGAAAUACUUAUCUUGCAACACAAUUCAUGUGAUAUUAUGGAACUAACUUGAUCAAAUUGCCUUCGGAGCAUAAUUUGUGUCCAGUGUUAAUAAAGAACAAAACCGAAAGUUCGAAACCAAGCGAACGAGUAAUCAAUUGCAUCCAGUCCAAUUUUAAUCGUUAGAUGGAUUUUGAUAAGGAUCGACAAUCAAACACAAUUGAACUUAUACGUGUUAUGAGUUCGAUUACCGUUGUCGGAAAGAGACUUGAUUUCGACUCUCACUGCUUUGGCUAUUGCACUUAAUAUCCGUACCACACAGUGGAGGACUUGCCCUUUCUUCUUACCCCUAAAGAUUAGAUAAAUUUGCAUAAAUCCCUGAAGACUUCCAUAAAAUAUGGGUGUACCCCUGAAGAAUGCAGGUCGUACCCCCGAAGAAUAUAGGUCCUACCCCUGAAGAAUAUGGGUCUACCCCUGAACAUUAUUGGUCUACAACUGAAGAAUUUUGUGAAAAUUUGGCCUGCGAAAACAUCCGUUUCUCCUCGCUCUAAGCCGCUAGGGACGUUUCGCGAGGAGGAACGUCUGCGACUCAGCAACAGAAAUUCCAUACUGAUGACGUAAAUCAAUGUUUACAUAGUGAAUCCGGUAGUCGUGGGGUUCCAAACAUAAAUUUGUGCAAUUUUCCGUGUCUUCUGGUCGAUUUUGGUGAAGUGUUGUGUUCAUCUGCCAACAAACUCCAGCAAAACUCAAAUGCUUCCUCUAGAGAAGGCUACAUUCCAGAAAUAUUGACUGUUUUGUUAGAGAUUCUUCACGUUUACAUUUGACCUUUGUGGCCUUUUAUCUUUUGUCUGUCAUUCGUAAACAAUAGCUAGAACAAUGUAACUACUCCAUCGACCAAUCAGCGCUUCUGACCAGAUUCCAGACAGAUUUUACGUCAUCAGUAUGAAAUUUCUGUCGCUGAGUCGCAGACAUUCCUCCUCGCAGGCUAGUGAAAAUUAACCUUUCAUCCUCAAACAAUUCAACAUUGUUUUACUCUACCAUUAAAGAAAUCCUCAAUUUUUAUAACUAUCUCCUGAAGAAUUCCAUUGGUGCGUAACUUGGAGGGAGGCGGGGGUACAGUUAUCAAAUGCAACAGCCCCAGUUAAAAGCUGAGCCAAGGCACUAUCAAAGUACAUGUAUCUCACUAGGGCAGACUGGGGCAGCUAUUUUGUAAGCAAGGGUUCCAACAGAUUUCAUAAUUCCUUUAUUAUUGCAUCAGAUGUGACAUGUAGAAUUUUUAACUAGUCUAGUGCCAAGACUGCUCAUUUGGAACUUCAGCUUUCUGGUAACCUGCCCCUUCCCAUUUGAACAUUUAUUUGUAAGUUUGAGUUAUUCUAUCCUGCUAGUCUUGGACAAAAGUAUUUGGGAGGGUUGUACAACUUAAUAGUAGUUUCUUUCUGGCAUAGUUUGCAGCAUUUUUUUUUAACAAAGUCAUUCGCAUUGCUGACAUUAUUUUUUGUAGUUGGCUUGUUUACUUUCUUUAAAGGGUGUAAACAAGCCAACUACGUGAAUGUCAGUAGUGCAAAUGACUCCACUCAUGCUAAAGGUUGGAAAAAUAUGAUUUGUUGAGGAAGAACUGUACAGCCCCCCGAAAUGAUCCCCAAAUCAACCCCGAAAUAACACUGACCCUGAAAUGAUCCCCAUUUCUCUUUGAGGACCUUAGCAAUAAUUACUAAGGUAAUUAUAGAGGAAACUGCAUGGAUGUUAAAUUCUGAAAAUGGUGUUUAUAAAACUGCAUGGAUGUUGAAUUUAAAAAAUGGUGUUUUAACACUUUUUAAAACUUUAAAAUGGUAUUGAAAAUACAAAAGUAGACUUAAAAGAGAUCAGAUGACGAAAGUGCUAAAAAAAUCACAAACUGUUGUGAAAUGUUAAAUGCGAUUUAAGAACAUUGCAACAGACUUCUACUAAUUUUGUAGUAGAAUACCAUUCCACUCCAAGAAUUAACUGGGGAUCAUUUACGGGGUUGAUGUGAAAACAAUGGGCAUCAUUUCAGGCGGGGUCGGUAUCAUUUCAGGGUUGGGGGUCAUUUCAGGGGCUGUACUAAACUAAACAUAUUUUUUGAUAUACCUGUAUGAUUCAAGCUGUAUGAAUAUUUUACCCUCUAUGUUUAGAUUUUGGUGCUAAUUUUCUAUGCUGUGAAAAUAGCCUGUCUCUCCUGGCUCCCUGUCACCAGGGAUAUUUCGCUGGGAGAGACGUAUGUACCUCAGCAACAGAAAUUCCAUACUGAUGACGUAAAACGGUUACCUGUCUGGAAUCUUGUCAGGAGCUCUGAUUGGUCACUGUAGUAGUAAAUAUAUUGUUUUAGCAAUUGUUUACAACUGACAGACAAAAGACAAAAGGUCACAAAGGUUUAAAGAAAAUGUGAUGAAUCCAUAACAAAACAGUCAAGAUUCCUGGAAUAUAUUCUUUUAGAAUAUUAUGCUUUUGAGUUUUGUAAAAGCGCGUUUGCAGAAGAACUCAAAACUUUCUUAAAAUCGACCAGGAGAAACUUGGAAUCGAAAUCUGAAAAUCAAACAAAUUUACUUUUUGAACUGUUUGACUACUGAGUUGAUUAUGUAACCAUUGAUAUACGUCACAAGUAAUGUCUUCGCCUCAGCCACAGAAAUUCCAUACUUGUGACAAGUAUGGAAUUUCUGUGGCUGAGGCGAAGACAUUUCUCCUGGCGAAACGCACCUAGCGGCGAAGAGCAAACAGAGAUAGCUGUUUUUGCAGGCUACCAAUUUUUUGUUAUUCUUUGAUGUCAUUCUUUCAAGUCUAAUAAAUAUCUAAUGACUAUGUUUUUUCUUUCAGAUCAACUUAUGAACCUCUCAUUUGCAGGCUGCGGUUUUCUUGGAGUUUAUCACCUUGGAGUAGCAACUUGUCUUUCAUCUCAUGCACCUCAAUUUCUCAAGAACAUAACAGCUUUUGCAGGAGCCUCAGCAGGGUCACUUGUUGCUGCAGUGCUAGCAACAUCAGCCCCCUUAAACAAGUGCUCUGAUUUUGUGAUUGAACUCACUGAUGAGGCCCGAAAACACCCACUUGGUCCAUUUAACCCAGGAUUUGACCUGGUGGGAAACAUCAGAAAAGGACUUGAACUUCAUCUACCAACAAAUUCUCACAAGGUUGCCUCAGGAAGGCUUUUUAUUUCAGUAACAAGUUUAAAAGAAAGGAAAAAUGUUAUCAUAUCGGAAUUUGAGUCAAAGGAAGACUUGAUCCAAGUAAGAGGCGAUUUUUUUUCCAGCUUUUAAAUUAAGAUGUAGUGUGUUUUAGACUGCUCUUUGUGUAAUGUAUUGGUUUAAUUAUCCUUAAUUUUUGAAUGUUUGUUUCCCUUUGUUUCCGUGUAUGAUAGUAACUGAACCAUUCAUUCACAUGGUGGCAUCACAGUACACCACCAGACUCUUCCAUCAGUAUCUAGAUUUUUGUGUACAUUAUUCAGGGGUGGACAGAGGAUUUUGUGAUAGAGGGGGCCUAGAGAUAUAGUACACAGUGGCAGUAUGGGUGUGAUAGUGCCCAACAGGGCUUCGAAUGGCGCACUUUUCUAGGGAGUUUCGGGCACAAAAAAUUGCUCCUCUGGGAAAAAUUUUUGAGAUUGAAGUUCUCUGAGAUGCAAUCUAGUGCAUUUUGGAUGCUUAAAUUUAGCAAUAUUGAACAUGUAAAUGCUGAAAUAUUUAAUAAGCCACAGCUGUGGUUGUGAUCAAAGAAGUAAUUAACACUUUAUGAUGCUAGCAAGGGCUGGAGCAAUUGUGGUGAGAGGGCAACCUCCCAGCAAAGACAACUUUCAAUAAAUUUUCUUAUUAACAAAGUUUAUUAAAGAAAAUAUAUUUAAGUAACAAAGCUUGAAGUACCAUCCAACACAUGCUUACAGAAGAAAAAAAUUCCUGGACAAAAGGGGGGGCCAGGGCCCCCUUGGCCCACCCCUAAAUGUGCCCUUGUUAUUUUUAAAUAACACUCUCCUCGAUCUCCAUAAUUCUUUAUAUGAUACGAAAGCCGAAUUCAAUCAUUGUUUUAUUAUUCAUUCAAAAUAAUUCCUAGUUUAAAAACAUAGCUAAAACAUGCUUACCUCCAUCGAUGUUAAGUUCAUCUUCGAUAGUGCACAUUUAGGGUUGUUCAGCACUGCAAAUAUUCUCCAAAUAGCAGAUGUCGCCCUUCAAGUUGUCUUCUUGCUGUUCUUGCCAUGUUUUUAGCUAUUUUUUCGCCUAGUUUUUACUCUUGAAAUGAGUGAAAUGUCCGCCAUUUUUGUUUUCACAACCAAAACAACUCAACCUCGUCCCCAGGUCUUCUCGGUUAACAGUGCAUUAUCCUACAAGGAAGCUGCACUUUUGAUGUCAUUGGUUGAUUUAUUGCAAAAUUCUUCCAAAUUUGGUCAUCAGUAGCUGGUUAUGGUGAAUUAUGUGUGUACUUUUAGCCAGUCAGAAUCGGGAAAAUAUUUUGAAUGAAUAAUAAUAUUAAUUAUUAAGUCUGCUGAACCGUAUGGUGAAUAUGUAGUCUAGAGAUCUGUUUCUUUUUUUUUUGGAAGUAAAAGACUUUCUUAACAUUCUGGACAUCCCAUGUUACUGUCAAAGUAAGAAAACCAUUAUUACCUAAACAUGUCCAGUCAUGUUUUCACUUACUGCUAUUGUUUUGGAAGUGUGAUUGGCUUUUGUUUGAAGGGACACAAUAACGUUUGUUCAUUUUUUUUUGGGGGGGGGGAGUGGGAAAAGUAGACUGCAAAGCAGUCCGUUUUUUUCUCAAAAUUGGUUUAGUGAAGUGUAAGAGUAACAGUCUCACGCAAGCGAAGUGCGCGAGCAUCACACGCCCAUUGGGUGGCACAGAAAUGUAAAAAAUGUGUGCUGCACCUGUACACAGUCUCACUCCAGACCUUUUUGUUUGACUGUUCCCACGCACUUGAAUACACAAAAGUACGGACUGUUUUGCAGUCUAGGGGGAAAGGGGAGGGGAAAGGACUAGUAGAGGGCUGUUUUUUGAAUGCUCCAAGUUUAUUUAUGUUAGUUUCCUUACAGUGUAAAUACAGUGAUGACAAAUUACGCAGUAGAGGCAUACAGUUUGUCUGGAAUCAUUAUCUUUUUCUGAAGUAAUUAGGACAAUACUUGUUGAAAUGAUACAUAUGAUUUUUUCUUAAAGGGUUUACAUAAUUAUGCUGUAUUUUCUCGACUAAUGGCCAGACAAAAAGGGGGCAAUUAUUCGAGGGAGACGAUUAUUUCAAAAAUUGCUUACUGGAAGAUGGCUCUAAAUAUUUUUUUUAUUAUUAUCCCAUUAAACCAAAAUUGAUCACAUCAAAUACUCUGAACAUGGGCUUUUUAAGUGUUGCAAAUUUGGUUCCUUGAUUAAAUUGAAAUAAUGUCAGUAUCCUUGGCAUCCUAGCUUUAUUUGUCACUAAUCAGUUUUGCUGGAUCAGACUCCACUUCAACUUGACAGGAAGGGUGUAAAAGAAAGAAAGGAUGACGAGAGGGGUGGGGGGGGGGCGAUUAUUCGAGGAGGCGAUUAUACUUCCUUCUGCGGGGGUGAUUAUUUGAGGUCCGAGGUAAUUAAUCGAGGGAUGGCUAUUAUUGGAGGAGAUAGGGUAUUCAUGGUUCAAAAUAAGAGUUUGAUCACUGAAACCAAUGCCCACGCACAUACUAGGGUAAGUGGUUUAUACGUUUCAAAUAUAAAUAUGAUCUUAAAUUUAUCUUCGGUUUUCAAGGUUUUACUGGCAAGCUGCUACAUUCCUUUCUAUGCUGGGCUGAAGUUUCCACAAUUUAAAGGGCAGGUAUGUGGUUGAUACUUAAUCUUCAAUGCGUAUCGUUAUUGUACAUAAUUACCAUGUCUACGCCAAAAUGAUAUCUAAUUUUGUGCUUUAAAGUUUUCUUUGCCGCAAAAAUUUUCAAGCGGAUUGACAACUGGAUUGUCAUUAUUUAUUUCUACUUAUUAUUUAAUUGUACAUGUAAUAUGAUUCAAGUUGCGGUUGUUAGUCAGCCCGCAAAGGACUUGACCAUCACUUAAGUUCUCAGUAGCUCAGUGGUUAGAGCAUCUGACUGGUGUCUGGAAGACUGGGGGUCCAAUUCCCUUCUGGAACUCAAAAAUUGUUUCUAAGUUCUUUUCACCACACUUAUUAUUCUAGUUUAUUAUACUGUUAUGGAUUGAAUUAUGCAUUUGUUUUUCAAUUCAUAUUCUUUGGCUAUUUUUUUUUUUUUUUUAAAUAAAAUUAUACAAGAGAGUAAACAUGAAUGAUGAGUAAGAGGCAGCACAAGGUUGUUCUCCGGAAUUUGGAAAUGUUGUUUUGGAGGAGAGGAGAAAACUAUUGAUCGCCCCCAGAACUCAACCCUCAUAUGGUAUCACAUUCGGGAUUUGAAGCUGAGCCAUACCGUUGGUUUGGCAAGCCCGCAAGGAUGCGCCACCCUAGCGUACCUUUGUAACAAGGGUGAGCAAGGGUGGAGUAUGUAUGAUAAAACAAUAAUGGUAAUACUUACAUGUACCUCAAACUCUAUUGUUUCCUCCAAUUCUUUGUUUAUUACUAAUUUAUAUUGUUUUCGGAAAAUUGGUGAUCAGAAGCAGAAGCGGUAAUAAAUAACCAAUCACAACGUUUAUUCUCAGUUGUUGCGAUUGGUUGGUUUAGUCCUUGCUUUUCUGAUAACAGGAAGCUUAAGCAACGACAACGAUGACGGCAUUGAAAACGAGGGAAGAAAAAUGAAUUUGCGUCCAUUCAAACUUAUCUCGUGUAUUUGUACCCGCCCAAAUUGUCAAAUGUAGGCCUGCGAUUUCUCCUGGAGUUGAAUUCUUAAGAACAUUAUCCAGGUUCAAAAAGAGGAAGGAAAAUUGUCGUCGUACGUUCACUUUCUCCAUAAAACGUCGCAUUACGAGGUUUCACAUCGUUGUGCAGUGAAUGUCAAAGAAAUUUACUGAAAAGCGUGAUACACAUGCAGAGCUGUUGUUUUGUUCCACGGUUUUUUCCACAUUUGACUGGGACCAGCAAGCAAAAAUGCGUUAACCCGCAUAAAAAGGGCGCCUUAAAAUUUGUAAAGAUGCGAAGUCUGAUCAUGAUUUGUUGAAAACUGACGAAGAAAUACAGCUGUAGCUGCGCAAAGUCGCCGAAUUUUACAGGCGCUUGUAAGGUGGGAGGCACGCUCGUGCCCGCCAACCAUACAAACUUCUAUUAAAUUUCGCGACUAUGUGAAGCAGUAUCUUCGCUUACUUUGAACGUAUCACCUUUAAAUUUGUUAAUUUUGCCUAUUUUAAGGCUUUUUUUUUUUCAGCAGUCUCAAUGGACAUUCGCUAACUGGUCUUUAUUAAACUUGAAAAGAAAAAAUCGGGGGUCUAGUUGUUGUUGCCGCUGUUUUCGUCGUCGUGGUCGUCGUGGUUGGUUAAGCUCCAAAGUGACUCCAACUCCGAUUCUGCCGCUAAUUAAAAACCAGUAUUAGGUUUUAGUACAUCUCUUUGAUUCUGUUGACAGAAAUGGGUUGAUGGCGGAUUGAGUGAUAAUUUACCACGACUCCAGUUUGGCCGAACUAUUCGUAUUUCUCCAUUCAGCGGUAAAGACAACGAUAUCUGCCCUCAGGACGAGUCAAAGGGUUUUACUGAUAUCACUUUCCAUAAUAUGAAUAUUUAUGUGAACAGAGAAAAUCUCCAAAGAGAACUGCAAAUAUUUGUCCCCCCUCGAAAGGAAGGCAUAGAGAGUAUAGUGCAAUUAGGCUAUGACGAUACACUUCGAUUUUUACAAGAAGAGAAUUUAUGUAAUUACCCCGUUAUCACCCGAUCCUCUGCUUUGCCCAUAGAAAGUCGUCGAGAUUAGUGGUGCGUUUGAUUUGCAAGGAAAAACUGGAAACAAUGGUCAGAAAAUGAGGUGGCUCACGCUCUUUUGUUUGGUCAGGUUCUUAAAGUUUGGGCUGCCAUUUAAGGUGAUACAGUUUUCCUACUUUUUUCUGGUCUCUUCGGCUUUCAUUGGUCAAAUUUUGUAACUGGUCCAUUCCUUCCAACGACUCCCCAACCCAAACUCUCCCCAACGUUCAGAUAAAUAGGUGAAUGUUUAUGCAUGAAACUUUUAAACUAAAUCUUUUUGUAAUGGUAAGCACCUAGGUAUUUGUGUAUGUUGAAAUAAAAGAUGCACCUCUCAGCGCGGUAAUCAGUUAUAUAAGCAUGCGGAUAUUCUAGUUUUGAGGACCCUUGAGAAGCACGAGUUGUAAGCUGGCGCGUCUCGCACUUCUUGAGUGUUCUUAAUAAAUAUGAUAUAAAAAUGUACUGGU